AUGUCUUCCAUCCUAUCUGCAGGUCUCCAGGACAAGCUGCGUGACAUUAUUGACGAAUACACAUCCGGAGGUGCCGACCGAAAGAUUCCCGGCCUAGUCUAUAUUGCGUUCAGAAACGAUGGCCAGCCAAUUUUCCAGCAUUGCUCUGGCACGAGAGGCAUGUCCUCGCAGGGCUUGAUGUCCACAGAUACCAUCUUUUACUUGGCUUCUUUUACCAAAGUGGCAACCUCUGUCUCUUGCAUGCAGCUUGUUGAGCGUGGUCUGUUGCACCUUGACGAUGCUGAUGAAGUUGAGAGGAUCUGCCCCGAGUUGAGAGAUGUAAAAGUUUUGACUCGCACAGCUGAUGGUGGCUUCGCGCUCGUUGAGAAGAAGAAAAGGAUAACCCUACGGAUGCUCCUGAACCACACUGCCGGUUUUGGAUACGCCUUUGAGGACGAUAAGCUGGCAGAAUACACUCGUCCAGUUGGCGCAGAUGAUUUCUCAGGAGAAGCAGUGGAGAUAGCCAACCGACCUCUUGUCAACCAACCUGGCGAAAAGUUCCAGUACGGAAUCUCGAUGGACUGGGUGGGUGUCAUGAUAGAGCGAGUCUCUGGAAAGUCGUUGGACGAAUACUUCAAAACCAACAUCUUCCAGCCUCUGGGUAUGAACAGUGUAACCUUUCAUCCUUCAGAAGAGGCCAAGGCAAAUAUGGCCUACAUGCAUCGAAGGUCCGCAGAUGAAAAGCUAGCAACCACUGAUCACUUCUACCGACGACCAUUGUUAGCUUACGGAGAGGGAAACAAGGCCCCGUGCGCUGGAGGUCAUGGUUGCUUUGGAAAGCCGGCUGAUUUUGGAAGGCUCAUCUCACUUCUGCUCAACGAUGGCAUCGACAAGGUAACAGGCAUGCGUCUCCUCAAGCCCGAGACUGUUCAAGACAUGUUCACGGACCAGAUUACCGAUAAACCACGUUACAGCAACGUGUGUGUUCCAGUAGCAAAGCCCGAGUUAGCCAACCCAACGCCCUUGACCACAAUGCCAGACGAUCACACCGAGGGAUGGGGAAUGUCAUUUUCAAUUAGCCACUUUCCCUCUGAAACAGGACGAGCACCUGGUACGGCAUCUUGGGAAGGGUUGGCCAAUCUCUUCUGGUUCGCUGACCGAAAGAAUAACAUUGGCGGCAUCAUUGCUUCUCAAAUCAUCCCAUAUGGCGAUCGCUUGGUAUUGGAGUGCUCAGAUCGUGUAGAAACCGAGAUAUACAAGGCCUUGCAGCAGGUUGAUGGAUCUUGA